UUAGGUACAAGGAAACUAUUGAUUUGUUUAAAAUGUCGAAGAUUUGUCUAGUUGUCUUGCUUGUGUGUUUUGCUGCUGUGUUGGGAUCGCAACCGACAACAGCGACAGGCGUGCAACUGCCAGCAGUAUACCCACUAGUAAACAUACUGCUGCCUUUACUGAACAACGUGUACAAUCUACUACUCUCCCUCCUCUCAAUCUUCGACACCCUCCCAGCGAACAUAAGUUGCAUGAUUCCCGUUGACCUAAGUGCCUUAGAAACGUCAUUACUCAAGCUAUACUCCCAAGCCCUAGCAAUUGUUAAUUUCUUACGAUCACUACCUGAAUACGCCAUUGGAGCGAGUCCAAACACGCCUCCCGCAAAUAUUGUUAAUUUGCAAGGAUUGCUGACAACACUGAUUUCAUCUGUCACCGAUUUGACAGAUGACGUUUUGACAGGCAUCGGCGGCGCGUUGUUGCCAGGAUUAUUGCAGCUUGUUGUUAUGGUUGUACAAGCAUUGUUGAGUUUGUUAUUGUAAUUUUAUUUCGUUUUUUAGUUAUGUGAAUAAAGGAUUUUUUUG